GGAGGAGGGACGUGGAGGUCCUGAGGGCCCCCCCCGGGGAAAAAAGGCCUGUGCGGGGGACGGCGGACACAAGUGCCCUCUGUGCCCGCAGGAUGAGCGCUGUUCCCGCCGCUGCUGCUGUGCCCCGGUCUCGGCACCGGAGAGGAAAGGCCUAACCUGCGAACAGAGAUGAAGCACUAUGCCCUGUGAUACUGAUUUUGCUGGUUGUCACCAUUGGAGGAUGGCUGCCAUACUCUGUGAAAACUGUUCUGGUCAGUACCACUACACCCAGGUCAACCAACCUCUUGAAAUCAGCUGCACGUUGCUCCUGAUUAUGCUCGGAAAAGUGUUCCUUGAUUUCUUCAUGUUGCAAGUUAAGCAAAAAAACGUGAAAGUUAGUUUUAUGGGAUACUUCUGUGUUUCGCUGGCACUUCUUGAUUUCACACUGCUGAUGAGUAUAUCCUUCAUUUUCUAUUUUGAGGACUUUGCACUCUGGGGUCUGCGAUUUACAAAGUACCACAUUUGCCUGUUCACGCAGAUUAUUUCUCUUACCUACGGUAUUUUGCAUUACCCGGUGUAUCUUGUGGCUGGUCUGGAUUAUUACAUGACUAUAGCACAAACCUCUCAAUUUCCUAGGAGAGGUCAAAGAUUACUUUAUGUAUUUGCUGUGGCUGUUACAUGGAUUUCAGGGUUUUUUUGUAUUCUGAAAGUUCCCGCUACCUAUGAAGAACUAGAAAUUCAGAACCGUUUUUCUGCUUAUCAGUGUCCUCUCUACGCCAGCAUGCAGAGCUACUCUAUCUCGUGUGCCAUGGUGCUGCUCAUGGGCACAGCUCUCCUGGCUUGUCAGAAGGAGCUUAUAGCCAUGCUGCUGUCUGUCAGGGUGGUUUCCUUUGCCAAUCAGCCUGUUCUGAUGUUCUCCUAUGUGUCUAACAACAACGGCACUAGCUUUAAGUGGCAGCUCCUGACCAGACUCCUCCUCUGUUUUCUUGGCACUUGGGCACCUUUUGUUCUUCUUCAAAUUAUCAUUUUGUUUCUUGGUGCUCGGAUUCCAGCCUACAUGGAGAUGAACGUCCCCUGGCUGUACUUCAUCAACAGCUUUCUCAUUGCAGUAGCAUACUGGUGUCGAUGCCACGAUGUUGAAUUGACAGAGGAGAUGUGGUCUACAGAUCCAUUUGUCAGCUGGAAAUUCUGCUUUAUGCCAUUUAACAAUGAAAACACAGAGCCAGCUGAUAAACCAGGCACAGUAAUUGUAAUCUGUUAACGAGCUGCUGACUGAAAAAGACUGCAAAUAAGUGCUGUGCGACAGAAGUGGGUACUCUGAUGUUCUGUGACCAUGUCCUUACAGAUAAUACAAGGAAAC